GCCCCUCGCCGCGAGGCUGCCGGCUGCUGACGGGCUAUUGAUUUGUAUGUGCUUCGCCCCGCGCCGGCCGCUCCCGCCGCUGCCGCCGGAGCCAGGAGAGCGCUUCCCGUAGCGGCGCGGAGCUCCCACCAAACAUGUCGGCUCCCGCCGGGCCCCGGGGCGGCCCUGCGCCUCCUCAGCCGCUGCCGGCGACUCAGCCCGAGAUGCCCGACCUCAGCCACCUCACAGAGGAAGAGCGGAAGAUCAUCCUGGCCGUCAUGGACCGCCAGAAGAAGGAAGAGGAGAAGGAGCAAUCCGUGCUCAAGGUCAAAGAAGAGCAAAAACCACAGCUGACACAGUGGUUUCCCUUUAGUGGGAUCACUGAGCUGGUUAAUAACGUUCUACAACCACAGCAAAAACAGCAAAAUGAAAAGGAGCCCCAGACAAAAUUACAUCAGCAGUUUGAAAUGUAUAAGGAGCAAGUGAAGAAGAUGGGAGAAGAAUCACAGCAGCAACAGGAGCAGAAGGGUGAUGCCCCAACCUGUGGCAUCUGCCACAAAACAAAAUUUGCUGAUGGCUGUGGCCAUAACUGUUCAUAUUGCCAAACAAAAUUCUGUGCGCGCUGUGGAGGAAGAGUGUCUUUACGGUCAAAUAAGGAGGACAAAGUGGUAAUGUGGGUAUGUAACUUGUGCCGAAAACAACAAGAAAUCCUCACAAAAUCAGGAGCCUGGUUCUAUAACAGUGGAUCAAACGCACCACAGAAGCCUGACCAAGAAGGUAUUAGAGGUCUGCGGAACGAGGAAGCACCUCAAGAGAAAAAAGCAAAGCUCCAAGAGCAUUUGCAGUACCAAGGACCACCAGGUGACAUAUCCACACAAGUUUUGGACAAAAACAGAUCUCAAGGACUCACCAGGCAAGACUCAAUUAAGAAUGGUUCUGGAGUAAAGCACCAAAUAACAAGUGACACAGCAUCAGACAGGAAAAGAAGCCCAUCAAUAUCAAGAGAACAGAACAGAAGAUACGACCAAAGGGAAGAGAGAGACGAAUAUUCACAGUAUGCUACAUCAGACAGUGCGAUGCCCAGGUCACCAUCAGAUUAUUCCGAUAGGCGGUCACAGCGUGGCCCUCAGUUAUACGAAGAGCCUGAACUGGGUGAUUAUAGAGAUUCCAACAGGAGGAGUCGCAGGCGUUCCAAGGAGUAUCCGGUAGAAGAGGAGGAUGCACAGAACAGGGAGGAAUAUGAAAGGCAGAGGAGAGAAGAGGAAUAUCAGGCACGAUACAGAAGUGAUCCUAAUUUGGCUCGUUAUCCGGUCAAGCCACAGCCAUAUGAGGAACAAAUGCGUAUCCAUGCUGAAGUGUCCCGAGCACGUCAUGAACGGAGACACAGUGAUGUCUCAUUGGCAAAUACUGAGUUGGAAGAUUCCCGGAUAUCUAUGCUGAGGAUGGAACGGCCGUCAAGGCAAAGAUCGGUGUCUGAGCGCAGAGCUGCCAUGGAAAAUCAGCGUUCAUACUCUAUGGAAAGAACUCGAGAGGCUCAGGGACCAAGUCCCAAUCGUCAGAGGACCACAAAUCAUAGCCCUCCUACACCUAGGAGGAGUCCAAUUCCUCUGGAAAGACCGGACAUGAGGCGCUCUGAUUCAUUAAGGAAACAACACCAUUUGGAUCCCAAUUCUGCCGUACGGAAAACGAAACGUGAAAAGAUGGAGACCAUGUUACGGAAUGAUUCACUCAGCUCAGACCAGUCUGAAUCUGUCAGACCUCCACCACCAAAGCCCCAUAAAACAAAAAAAGGAGGUAAAAUGCGCCAGGUUUCAUUAAGUAGCUCAGAAGAAGAAUUGGCAUCUACUCCAGAGUACACAAGUUGUGAUGACGUGGAGAUUGAAAGUGAAAGUGUUAGUGAAAAAGGGGACAGUCAAAGGGGAAAAAGAAAAACUAGUGAGCAGGCAGUUGUGUUGGAUUCUAACACCUUAUCCGAGAGACAAAAGAGAAUGGUGUGCUUUGGUGACCAGUCUUUCGAAGAGGACUUGGAAUGGUCUGAGCCUCAGAUAAAAGACUCUGGGGUAGAUACAUGUAGUAGCACAACUCUAAACGAGGAGCAUAGCCAUAGCGAGAAGCAUCCAGUAACUUGGCAACCAUCCAAAGAUGGAGACCGUCUCAUUGGUAGGAUUUUAUUGAAUAAGCGACUAAAAGAUGGAAGUGUGCCGAGAGACUCAGGAGCAAUGCUUGGUUUGAAGGUAGUAGGAGGAAAGAUGACUGAAUCAGGUCGACUCUGUGCAUUUAUCACCAAAGUUAAAAAAGGAAGCUUAGCUGAUACCGUGGGCCAUCUUAGACCAGGUGAUGAAGUACUGGAAUGGAAUGGAAGGCUACUACAAGGAGCUACCUUUGAGGAGGUAUAUAACAUCAUUUUAGAGUCCAAACCUGAGCCACAAGUCGAGCUUGUUGUUUCAAGACCAAUUGGGGACAUUCCCAGAAUACCUGACAGCACACAUGCACAGCUGGAGUCCAGUUCUAGUUCCUUUGAAUCUCAGAAAAUGGACCGGCCUUCUAUUUCAGUGACUUCUCCUAUGAGUCCUGGCAUGUUAAGGGACGUUCCACAGUUCUUGUCUGGACAACUUUCAAGCCAAAGCCUUAGUAGAAGAACAACGCCUUUUGUUCCUAGGGUUCAGAUAAAACUGUGGUACGACAAGGUUGGUCAUCAGUUAAUAGUGACAAUACUGGGAGCCAAGGAUCUUCCGUCAAGGGAAGAUGGGAGGCCAAGGAAUCCUUAUGUUAAAAUUUACUUUCUUCCAGACAGAAGUGAUAAAAAUAAAAGAAGAACAAAAACAGUAAAGAAAACAUUGGAACCCAAGUGGAACCAGACAUUCAUUUAUUCUCCAGUUCAUAGGAGAGAGUUUAGAGAACGAAUGUUAGAAAUUACCCUUUGGGACCAAGCACGAGUUCGGGAGGAAGAAAGUGAAUUUUUAGGAGAGAUUCUUAUUGAGUUAGAGACAGCACUACUAGAUGAUGAACCUCACUGGUACAAACUUCAAACACAUGAUGUCUCUUCAUUGCCACUUCCCCAUCCCUCACCAUAUUUGCCACGAAGACAGCUCCACGGCGAGAGUCCCACACGGAGGUUACAAAAUAAAGGCUUAUAUUCAUAUAAUUCAGGGUCCAAAAGAAUCAGUGACAGUGAAGUCUCUGAUUAUGACUGUGAUGAUGGAAUUGGUGUGGUUUCAGAUUAUCGACAUAAUGGAAGAGAUCUCCAAAGUUCAACGCUAUCAGUGCCAGAACAAGUUAUGUCAUCUAAUCAUUGCUCUCGAUCAGGGUCCCCUCACCGUGGAGAUAGUAUAGGACGGACAAGAUCGUGGUCUCCAAGUGUCCCUCCCCCACAAAGUCGGAAUGUGGAUCAGGGACCACGAGGGACACGAUCUACUGCUGCACAUUACAAUACCCUGAACCGAAUGGAAAGACACCGUGUAAUAGAUGACCACUACUCCCCGGACAGAGAUAGUCAUUAUGUCACUUUACCUCGUUCCUGGUACACCCAGUCCACAGAUCACCAUCACAGAGAUGCCAGCCAGGAUCACACAAUAUAUCCUCUUUUUUGUGAAGAUGCAAUCAGAUUACUUCGCUCCCGUAAGAUGUGCCGUACCUAUUCUGAGGGUGCUUACUAUGAUCUUGAGAGGAGGACUAGGCAUGAGAGAAGAGUGCCUAAUACAUAUUACGAUGAUACAACCUAUACUCCUGAAAGGUGGUACAAUGGUGCAAGUUCAUGGGCAGAUCAUAUAGUCAAUGGUUCAGCUGAAAAUUAUGGAAGCGAGACAGUGGAUGUUUUUGCUGAUGAAGCUUCCCAUUCAGAAACAGAACUGAUAGAAGAAGAAGUGAGGAAUUGUGAAGCAGCAGAUAGACAGCCAUAUCAAAGAUCCAGAUCAACAGAGCAACGUCCUAUGCUAGAGCGGACCAACUCCCGCUCCCGAUCCACAGAGCGUCCUGACUCAAACCUCAUCAGGUCGAUGCCUUCAUUAAUGACUGGAAGAUCUGCCCCUCCUUCACCCGCCUUACCGAGGUCACAUCCUCGAACUGGGUCUGUUCAGACAAGUCCAUCAAGUACUCCAGUAGUAGGAAGAAGGGGCAGGCAGUUACCACAGCUCCCGCCAAAAGGGACGUUGGAGAGAAACAAUGGAGACAAGGAGAUAGAACCUUAUGAAGAAGUUACAUGGGAGGACCAGCAGAAAAAGGUGAAUGGUACAAUAACUGAUGACAAACCAUUGCCGAAAAAGAAACACCAUUCUGAGCCAGAAGAAGCGGAAUCAUCAAGGAGAAGAAACUCAGAAGAAAAGAAAGCAGAUCCAGAGAAUGGGGAUACAGGUUCGAUGGAUAUAGAAGAGAGAAACCGACAAAUGAAAAUGAGCAAGUACAAACAGGUAGCAGGAUCAGAUUCCAGGCUGGAACAAGAUUAUCAUUCUAAGUAUCGGUCAGGGCGGGACGCUCAGCGAGGCUCAGACAACGUCUCCAAUAAGUCCUCAGACAGCGAUGUCAGCGAUGUCUCGGCAGUGUCUCGGACGAGCAGCGCUUCUCGUUUCAGCAGCACGAGCUACAUGUCCGUCCAGUCAGAGCGGCCCCGGGGAAACAAGAAAAUAAGUGUCUUUACAUCCAAAAUGCAAAGCAGACAGAUGGGCGCCUCAGGAAAGAACAUGACUAAGAGCACCAGCAUCGGUGGGGACAUGUACACGCUGGAGAAGAACGACGGUAGCCAGUCGGACACGGCAGUGGGCACCGUUGGUGGGGGCAGCAAGAAGAGACGCUCCAGCAUCGGCGCCAAGAUGGUGGCCAUCGUGGGUCUGUCAAGGAAAAGCCGUAGCACAUCACAACUCAGCCAAACUGAGGCAGGGGGUAAGAAGCUGCGGAGCACCGUCCAGAGGAGCACUGAGACAGGGCUGGCUGUGGAGAUGAGAAACUGGAUGACCCGCCAGGCCAGCCGGGAGUCAACGGAUGGGAGCAUGAACAGCUACAGCUCCGAGGGAAAUUUGAUUUUCCCUGGUGUGAGGUUGGCUGCAGACAGUCAGUUUAGUGAUUUUCUGGAUGGACUUGGUCCUGCCCAGCUUGUAGGGCGACAGACAUUGGCAACACCAUCAAUGGGAGAUAUCCAGGUAGGAAUGAUGGACAAGAAAGGACAAUUGGAAGUAGAAAUUAUCCGAGCCCGUGGCCUUGUUGUAAAACCAGGUUCAAAGACACUGCCAGCACCAUAUGUAAAGGUGUAUCUAUUAGAAAAUGGAGUCUGCAUAGCCAAAAAGAAAACAAAGGUAGCAAGAAAAACGCUGGAACCACUUUAUCAGCAACUUCUAUCAUUUGAAGAAAGUCCCCAAGGAAAAGUUUUACAGAUAAUCGUUUGGGGAGACUAUGGACGUAUGGAUCACAAAUCCUUUAUGGGAGUGGCACAGAUACUUUUAGAUGAACUGGACCUGUCCAACAUGGUGAUUGGGUGGUUCAAACUCUUCCCUCCUUCUUCCCUAGUAGACCCAACUUUAGCUCCUCUCACCAGAAGAGCUUCCCAAUCAUCUCUUGAAAGUUCAACAGGACCUUCGUAUGCUCGCUCAUAGCAGCUGUGAAACUGUUGUCAUAGCAACCAGCGUUACAAAAAAAAAAUAAAUUACAGGUCGCAAACCCUGGUAACACUGCAUGCUUAAUGUUGUGUCUUCUGAGCCUGUUUCUAGGGCUACAACGCGAUCCUGUGUUCUCAAGGAAGUUGCACACAUUGUGCCCUACAGAAGGCCCUCAGGUGAAGGACUGAAGUCAUGAAGAACUGAUAGGUUUGGAGUUCAGGGACACUCAGUUUUGGUCCAAUCUGAAGCCAUGGACUAAACUAAAAGAAUCAAUCUGUUUCAUGCAACAAAAGUCCUUUUCAAUGGCAUAUCUAUUUUGUUGCUCCUGUUUCUUUAUCUGCCCUCCCCUCCUAAAGCUUGGUUAUGCCACAGAAAUGGAGUUACUCUCCCAUGAAGCCAUGUUACAAGUUGGUGAAAUUGCAGACAUUGGAAGAAUAGAAGAAUGCUGGAAAAGUCAGCUGUCAUUUGAAACAGUUACUUGAGAUCUGAAAACUCUUCACAUCAGAAAGGUUCAAGACUUAAAGUGGUGGGCUUCAAACAUCCAGCUAUAGAUACAGUGAAACCCCAGAUAUGAUGGACUCUGAAAAAUAAAAUUCUGUGGAUAUACUGUACUGUAUGAAAUUAAAGAAACUUUUUUGCAUGGACACAGAUUUAGCUGAACACUUAAAUUAUUUUCUUGGGGCUGCAACUUGCAAAAAACAAAAGAAUAAAUCAGCCAUUUUCAACAGUUUAUAUUAUUUUUAAAAAUAAAUUUCACUAGUGCAUGGUUUUAAAGGGAAGAGAAUGCAACAGGGUGAUACAAAGACGCACCACGUUUAUCAUUCUUUAAACCAGUCAUGGUCUGUAUUUUUGCAGACGUAUAUUAAAAAUAAAAAAAUAAUUUCUAGCAAAUAUUUAAAAUUCUGUUUAUGUGACAAGAAAUAAGUGUAAUAUAUUAAAUUUAUUUAAAUGUAAAAGGUACAAGCCUUGUAAAGUUCAACAUAAUGUGCAAAUUGUACACUUCUUUUACCUCCUCCUUUCUCUCCUUCCAGUCUCCCUUCUUCCUUUCACUCUUUUCCCGCUCCACCUCCCAGGAUGAUCAUCAUAUUCUAAAAUGGCUACCUUUUGACUUAGUACUCUCUUACGCCCCAUAUUUGGUUGAGGAUUGCAGAUUGUUCUGCAUUUCUGAAUUAUUUGAGAAAAAUAUUGUUUAAGAACUUACUUUUUUUCAAGCAUGUUGAAAAGGAUUUUGCAACAUGGCUUGGGAGUACAUUAAUGUAAUUCAGCAUGUAUUUGAUAAAAAAAAAAGAUAUUUGAACUUUUUGCAAUUUAUUGUACAGUGCAUGGUAACUUAUUUUCAUUUUUUCUCACCUUCAAAUUGAAUUCUACAGCAAAAUACUGGAUUCAUGUGGCCAUUGUAAGAUGUCUUCAAUAAAUUUCUUUUCAGCACCAGCAUCAUUCAUUCAAAGGUUGAAGUAUCAUUUCUUGAAGGUUUUGGAAAGAGGAAAAAAUGAAGUAAACCAUUGAUUUUUAGGAGAUAAAUUUAAACAGUUUUAUUUGCACUAAACCAAAUUAAUUGCUACAAUCUUGAGAUUAUAAAAGCAGCAAAGAUUACUAGUUCUUACAGUUCUGCUGUAAAGUUCAGUUUUCAUAAACUACAUUUGUGUUGGCAAAGAGAUAAUUAGGUAAUAUCAGUCUGAAAAUGUCGAUCUUUAGUUCGUAAAUAGCCUUAAAGAAAGCUUAUGGGUACCUCUCAGGCAGUUAUUUGAAACCAUUACCAGAACCCUCAUUGCAGUCAACUGAUUCCAAAAUCCUGGUUUUUGUAGCAGACAGUAACUGCCAUUGGGUGGUGCUGCAAGUUCAAGCUUCUCAUUAAAUUACAUGAUUUAAAGGGAAUGUAACUGGCUAACAUUUAAUAAUAAGACGUCCCUUUUUUUCUGGGUCUUUGUAUGCCUUUAUUACCUACUUAAGGUUUAAUAUUGAAACCUUGCAAUAAUUUUUGAAAUACGCAUUGCAUUUACCUUUCAGGCCACGCAGAAUUAUUCUGAUUUUAUUUGAAAAUCUAUUCAUGUUUCCCAUUGAGAAAUUGUACAUGCCUCAUUAGAGGGCAAAAGUAAUAAUAGUAUCACUUAAAUUGCCUUUUACUUUGUGCAAUAUCAUAUAAAUCGAGAUUGUGUCUUGUCUUCAGAGUUUAUAUAGCGGAUCGUUGUUAAGUUAAUGAACAGACUGGUAAAAUUAUACUUACUGAAAUAAUUAAGACACCUGUCUACCAGCAGCAAAUAAACACUAUCAACAUGCAGUCUACAAUAUUCCCUAGAGUAAAAGAAAAAUACAUAACCAUUUUCCUGAUACUGUGAGAUGUGCGCACACGUUGCUGUGUUCAUUGUCCUAUACAAAUUAUUUCAAACUUUAAAAUCAAGGACACGAUGCAUGGAAGGUUUGUACAUACUUGUCAUUAUGCAGUAUUUAUUUAAAAAAAAAAAAUUAAUGUAUUUUUUUUAAUUUUGACACGUCUGCAACUCUACUUAUGGUUUAGUCAUGUAAAUAGCACUAUUCCAGUGAUCACUGCUGUCUUGUACAUACUAUGUUUUAAAAAGUUAAAAGGAAUUACAGUUGGGAAAAAAAAAAAAAAAAAAAGGCAGAUUAGGCCUGUAAUGAACACCAACUAAUGUAAAUCGAACUCAUUCUGGUGAUGGUAUUUAACACUUUAAAUAAAACAUUUUCUUUACAGAA